CAACUUCACCGAUCAUUUUCUGUUUUCUUCUCUCUGAAAAAUUUUCCGAUAAGUGUAUUUCGCUCUUCCAAGUUCAUUGUUAAAAAGGCUUUAUUUUACGCCGAUCAGUUUUGCUUUUCGCAGCAGACAGUUGCAAUAUGUUUUUUCUAAUAUUUAGUUGUUUAUUGUAAAGUAAAAUAUCGGAAAUGGAGGAUUUGCUUUUAAAUAUUGUGAAAGAAGCCGGGGGAUCUAAGUUGAGUCAUUUGAAACAGAAGGCACAGGAAGCUCAUGAUUUGCUGGCAUCGCAAAACAAUCUUUUAAGAAACCCGUCUUAUGAACUAAGAUCUGUUUGCUUUGUUCCAUUGAAGCUAGCAUUGGAAAGCAAGAAGAGUAAACUCGUGUCGCUAGCUUUAACAGGAUUAAACAAAAUAAUACGAGAUGAACGAUUUCAAACGGGAACCGAGCCUGAAGAUGAUUCCCUGUGGCUUCCCGCUCAGCUUCUUUUAUCUACAUCGUCGAUGUUAUCCCACUGUGAAGAUACGCAAGUGCACAUCCUUAGAGUGGUGCUCAACUUGGCUUGUACAGCAAGUUGGGCUUUAAAUGGUCGGUUGGUUUUGUUACUCUUAAGCAGAUGUGGCGAGGCGUAUGAACUGGGAACACAACCCGUUAGAGCAGCAGCACAAGCAGCCGCGAGUCAGACUUUAACUGCGUUUUGUACAUUUCUGGAUGAGGAAUGCCAAGAAAUACUUCAGCAACAGCAGAAACACAGGCAUUCAGGCAGCAGCGCUGAGAUGGUCUACACAAAAACAUCAGCGGUUGCAUGCUUCAAUGAAGCCAUACCAGUUAUGCAGUAUAUUUGCAGCAAGUUAGAAGAAAACAAGAUGUUGCCAAGGUCAAGCGAUUCUACAAUUUUUCUGCUGGAAUGUCUCUUAACUUUAGUGAAUACAUUGCCUCAUACUGUUCACUCCAAUAUACAUUUUACAACCUUCUUGUGGCAGAGAUUUUGCCCUGCAUUGCUAUCUCUAUUAGGUUCACCCAGUGAUCCUAGUGGACAAGUCCUUACUAACAGUCAGGCAAAGAUUGUAUACAGUAUCGGAAUUCAAGUUGUACGAUUGGUUGGAAGAGAGCGUCCUUUAAGACCAGUUUUAGAAGCUUUAUUUCAUCGAAUGCUCUUGUUACCAAGUCCACCCAAAAGACUGGAACCAUUAAGAGCCGCUAGGGAACUUUUAAGAUCUCCUGGAAGAUUAGCUGAUUUGCUCUUACUUUCUGGACCUAUCCACAGACACGCUGGAGAUGACAUGGCAAUCAUAAGACUGAUAAUGGAUUCCAUAGAAGAAUGCUCGCAAUGUAACGAUCAUGGGGUAGUGUUGGCUAGCGUCGAAUGUGUGGGUGCUUUACUAGGCUCACUUGAAGCACUGAGCAGAGGAGAAGGACUGAAUCAAGAGGCAGCUGAUUUAACCAAUACUAGAUAUGGGUUGCUUGAACAAGCUGAUUAUACUGGACCAUUAACUUACCAGUCUCUAGCGAGAUUACCCAAACCUUACAGAGACGUAGUAGCAAACUUGAGAUACCAAAGUGAUUCCUCCGAAAGCAGUGGAAUUGAAGGCAAUGCUCGAGAUGCGGAGGAAGAAUCAGAUUCUGGUGCGACUGAAGGACCGGAAGAUGAUAUCAGUCAUUCAGAUGAUAGUAUUAUGGAUGAUGAAAGCUUUUUGACUAAUCAACAAUUACAAAAGCUAUAUAAAUUGCCAAAAUCUUUGCAUUUGGGACGAGUGGGCAUUGAAGAAUGCAAUACUGACAUUGAAAGACAUAACUCAAGACACUUUGUGAAAACAUUACAAAAUAUUUUGUUGCCAAAUUUAUUAACUCUUCGAUCAUCGAUUCAGGUAGAUGAAGUAUUACAGGAGUUUGCUUCCAAAUGUUGCCAACAUAAUUACGCCCAGAACUACGAAAUUUCAACUAUCAUGAAUGCCGAUGGGGUCUAUUUAGCAACAUAUUCUGCAUUACUGUUAGACCUAAAACUUAUUCAAAUCGGACAUUACGAAGAAAUUAGAAAAGAGGUUACAGUACCUAUAACUGAAGUACAGUUUGUCGAAGAAAUUCAUGGAAGUGGAGUAUUGGUCUACGUGUCUGCUACUUGGUUAUGUGAAUUGUAUCAAAGCGUUUUAGCAAAGUCAUUGUUGCUAACUGCUGGGUAUGAUCCGAAAGGCAGACAGCAACCAGCACUGAUAAAUUUAUUAACAGAUAUUGGAGGCUUAUCUCCAUCCCAACUCCUAACGGACUGGCAGAAACUUCAAAAAGUCCAUGGAAGUCCAGACACGAGUCCUGAAAUAGAAGCUGGAAUUAAAUUAAGCAGAAGAGUUCUCACUUGCUGCUGGUCUUCGGUAGUUUCCGUUCUUGGUGCGCCGUUAAAAGAAAAAUCUCUUUUAAAUGGAACUUCCGCUUUAAGUAGGUUGGUUGCUAGAAGAGCUAGACAAAAACAUAAGCAGAAGCUUAGAGACGACAUUAUCACUGCGAGUUUGGAAGGCCUGCAUAAGGCCGCAAGUUUAAGUAACACUUUGAAACUACAAACCAGAAGCAGUAGUAUUUUAGCACUUCUGUCGGCUUCUUCUUGUAAAAGUUAUUCUUCAAAAUUACUGGCUUCUCACGCCUUAUCUCUUGAUGUUUUACUUUCUAAAGGCAUUGAAUUAGGGUGCUACAGCCCGGCGUGUUGGCCUCACGUAUUCAGCGCCUGCGUAGCCGUGGCUAACUUAGAACAUUUCUUGUUCAGCAAAACUGGCUCAACGCAACUAUUAAUGGUCGCACAAAGCACACAAAAUAACAUUAUAACAUCUACCACUAAAUCGGACAAUCAGGAUAAGCUAAGUUUCAGUAUGAAUAGCGAUGAAGAAACGUGUGUGGAUGUAUACAGUUUUUUGCAUAACUCUUACUCAUCUGAUCAAAAUAGUCCAAACGAAACAACUAUAGGGGAGAUUGUUGAAAAAAGUGGAGCGAACAACGCACAAGGUCAAGGAAUUUUACGAGGUGUAUAUGCAGCUAAAGUUUGUUGCGCUCUGUCACAAAAGGCUGAUGAGUUAUUCCAUUCUGCGGCAUUAAGGUUGUCGUUACCAGGAUUGUGUAGUUUUAUGACGGAGCUUUGUAAAGCAUCUCAUGCACAGCUGUUUACUAAAUAUGAGGAAUCAUCAAAUAUAUCGAAAAAAUGGUGGAAAAAAGAACUGGAAAUACAACAGAAACCACCACCUACUUUACUAUUGCACAGAAUUGGAGAAGUAACAUUGAAAUGUAUUAAAUCUGGACGGCCUUUGAUUCAUAUUAUGAAAAUGUGGUCCAUAGUUGGACCACACUUUAUGCAAGCAGCAUGCCAUAAAGACAGGGUUGUGUCUAAAAAAGCAGUCACUUGUAUUCACGAUGCUGUUACUGCUUUACUAAAUGAACAGGCAGAGUUGCCACAUUUCCACUUCAAUGAGGCAUUGAUUAAACCGUUUGAAAAUCUACUUUGCUUAGAGCUUUGCGAUCUGGAUGUUCAGGAUCAGAUUGUGGCUUGCUUAUGUGAAUUCGUUGAAGCUAAUAGAACUGAAAUAUGUUCAGGAUGGAGGCCUCUUUUCGGAACACUAAGAGUAGCUAAUUCCAAAAAUAACGCCACAGCCAUUUUAGAUGUAUUUAGAAUCUUUCUUUCAACUGAUAAUACUUUGGUGUUCUCAAACGCCGCUCUGGAUUACAUCCUUUGUUUAUUAUCGCACAUUAAAAAUUCAAACAGUGAAGAUAGCCUUCCAGAGAACUCGUUACCUGCAACUCCUAGCAGCCUUAGCAAAAAAUCGGUUGGAUUUUUCGAAAAAGACAUUGAGUUUCCAUCAAAACUUUUGAUUGGGUCUGUCGAUUUGUGCAUAGAAUCUUUGAAGUUACUACAAAACUGUGCUGAAAUAUUGUCAAUGAUGUACGGCAUGCCGAAAUGUCCAAGUUUUAACCUCUCGCACAGGGUAAAUAUUGACACAGACCCACAGUUGGUCGAUCCAAUUAUAAAAGAUGUUGAAAUAAUCAACUUCUGUCAGGUGGACAGUGAUCAAAUAAGUUACGAGGUACUCUCGACGCAAAGCGAGUUUAAGAGGUGCGAGAAGGAAAACAUUACGUUGGCCGGAUUAGAUAAACCAAGUGGAGUCCUCAAAGUUUACUAUAUAUUAAUAGAUGGAUUAUCAUCUGCUAUUAUACUUUCUGCUCCAAAAAAUCAACCGUACGUUAUAGAAACACUUUUUAAACUUUUGAGGGAUAUCUUAACAACACCAGGCGUAAAUUUCGGUUUUUGCUGUAUUAAUCAUAUAUUGUUGCCGAUGGUACAAAACUGGCUGCGACAAAAUAUGAAGGUACAGAAGCCUGGCGAGGUUUGGCAGAAUUUUAAGCAUUGUUGUGGUCUGGCCAGCGAGUUGGUUGUUGAUUAUCUGUAUCACGUUCAAGGCGAUGAGUUUACAAGAAAAGAAACACCAUCAGCAACCUUAGCUUUAAAACAAAUUCUUCUAAUACUGAUCGAGUGUAUCGCUCAGCCUUGCGAAAAUGUUGCCAGAUUAGGAACAUCUUGUUUACGACAUGUGAUACUAGGUGUUGGAAAGAUCUUAACUGAGAACCAAUGGACGAUUUUAGUCACAGCCUUACACCGAGCCUGUUAUAUUAGCUUAUGUCCAUUGUACCAAUUGACGUUAGCUUUCAAAGAAAAUUCCGAUAGCUUUUAUGGCGAUUUGGCUACUGUAAAAGUAGCUGCUAGAAAAGAUAGCAGCGUAGUAGAAAACGAAAGAUUGUAUGAGUUGGCUAAUCAAGUUUUCUUGAUGGCAUUUCAAAGAAAUUGUGGAAAAUGUACUGGAAAAACAUGCGAAUGUGAAAAAAGUGUUGCUAUUGAUGAUAGAAGUUACGUAUUCUUAUUAUAUCCAUUUGAUUGUAACACGCUACUGAAUCCGGACCUGUAUACAAUAAGAGUGCCGUUUAGGAACUUGGUUGUUGGUAUUCUAGCUCAUCAAAUGCUAAUUCAAACGAUUUCAAGUGCACUGUUGCAAAAUCUAAGACAUGUAACGCCAAUUUUAAAUAUACUUCAAAUUAAUUCCUGCAGUUUAAGAGGAAUAUUGCCCAAAGUAAACGCCGAGCAUGUUUAUAUGAUGUUAAAAUGCUUAGAAGUAUCCAAUUCGAAGGCCAGAGAAUUUGAUAUGCGACCGGGUUUGAAAUUCCUGACGCAGAAAGUCGGUAAUUUGAACAAGGCUGCUAAUUUAUACACCCAAGCUAAUACAUCAGAAGUGGUGCAGAUUAUUGUCUUAAUAGAGUUGUGUUUAGAUGGAAUAGAAAAAUACGAAAUAGAGCCUAGAAAGAUGAAAGAAAUAUUGGCCAAAGAAGAAAACGAAGGUGAAGAUAUUCGAGAUAUAGUUGAAGAAACAGAGACUCAAGUACUUUGUGACAGAGAUUUUGGUUACUUUGAAAAGUUUUUGAGAAGGUUGCAUUAUAAGUGGGAGAGAUUAUGCGAGUCAUAUAUUAACUUGACAAUAAACAUUCCUGAAGAAACUAGAGAGGACUUAGAAGAAGAAAUUCAAAAUGAGAAAAUGGCCGAACCUGAGGUGUUUAAACUCGCAGAGUUUAAACAGCCAUACGAAAAUGACGAUAUUAGUACUAUAAGCACUGAUUCCGAAAGCUACUUAGACAAAGAAGCUCUACCAAACGUUAAAGACGGCGAAAAGAUUGAGGACGUAAUACCUCCUAAAAAGCCGUUGGUUUCGAGCAAAAGCGUGGAUCAGCCUUCACCACCAGUAAAGGAAGUAAGUAAGAAGAAGCACAAGAGUGAAAAUGGUUAUUCAACUGACGACGAAACCAACGACAUGGCAGCUAAAAAAUACGAAAUGGCCUAUGAGAGAUACAAAGUGGAGCUAAAUUCGAUAAAAUACGAUAGAAAUACUUUAUUGCAAAUGAGAAAAUCUACUAUUUCCAGUGACAAUAUCAUUUUAAGUUGUACGAGGCCUGGUGAUUUAACCAAGUCUUCCAGUUGUCAAUUAUGGACCGAGGAUGGUAAAAUUAACGGAAACCGGAGACUUUUUGUCGGAAACAGUCCUAAGCUAAAUCCGUUUAUGCCAUCUACAAUACCUCCCCCACAACCGGUACCACCAGAAAUACAACAGCAGCGAGCUUUAAGCAUUUGUAAGGAUGCAGAAGCAUAUAAAACGACUAAAAUAGAAACCAUGGAGGCCUGCCUAGAGCUACUAACAAGCUUAUCUUCAGAAAAAUUAUCUCCUUUGGCUUCCAUAUUAAAGCAAGGCGCAGUGUUAUUGAUUGGAGCUCAGGAUGAAAAAAUAAAGAAGGCAGCAGAGAUUCUCUUACAAAGAAUGAAUAUAUCAUACGUAGAUCAUGACAACUAUUAAUCUUACACAAAUCGCAUGCCAAGCUUAGUUAUCAACGCAAAAGCCUGGGUAUUUUAGUUUACUAAUCAAGUAAUGACUGUAAGAGUAAGUUCAGUAGGUUACUUAUUAGGAGACACAAUUAAUGUGGAAAAAUGUAUAUUGUUUGCGCACAAACAAAUAUUACUGGGUUAAAAGUCCAGGUUACUCUGCAGACACAACAUUCUUGGUGGUUCUUUCUUGCUAUUAAGGGACCGCCAUAUGCCGGAGCACUGCAAGACCUAUAUCUGAUAUCAAUUAAACUUUUAGUUACGUAAUCGGGGGCGUAAUUUUUAAAUUCAUUGUUGCCAACCAUGGAUAUAUUCGGCGCCGGUCUAACUAACUGGAAUUUAAAUUUCGCGCUGGGGAUUGAAGUGGUAGCUCUGCUGUAAAAAAUGUCAAGUUGCUACAUUUAUUUAUGUAUUUCCUGACAUUGUCAUUCGUUUUGACACUUUAGUUUAGUAUUUGAGUUUUUGGUUGAAAUAAAUAGUGUUGUGAUACUUGAAGCUUGAAAAUGUUUCCUAGCAGACCUUGCCGUUGAACAUUGUUCUUUUUAGGAACUCUUUUAGUGC